UAUUGUGCAGUCCUAGCUAGAUACAAGUGUUAAAUAAAAAUAAAAGAAUUUUAGAACAAAUUUGAAAUUAAUUCUAUACAAAUUGUAAAGAAAUAUAAUAAAUUACAUUUAGUGAAACAUGAAGAAAAGAGUGAUAGUGAAAAAGAAAAAAUCAUCUGCAAAACGUUCCAUCGACAAUGGACUUCCAACAACCACCCUCUACAGCUAUAGCGGCCGUAUGCGUGAACUCAUAGAAGCCUAUAAUGGAGCCGUUUCUAUACUAUAUCCUAAAUACGCUUGGUAUAUUUAUCCGGGUUACUUGCAAUAUGCCAUUUAUCAACGUUAUAUGAAAUAUUACAAGGAUAAAUAUCGUUUAGUAGCCAUACCAAAUACUUUGUACGAACAUUUGAUUAAAAACGAAUUAAUUAAAUCGGAACAUAUUAUAUUUACCUCGGAGGAUAUUUAUGAAGAAUAUGCCGAAUCGGAGGAAGUUAAUUUUGUAAAUUUGAUAGUAAGUUGUGGUAGACAAACGGGACAACAACAGCAACAACAUUUAAGCAAUGGAGAGGAGAAGAAAGAAAGUGAAACUUUAUUAAAACAAAUGCUUAAUCAGGCGCCACAUACCUUGGUGGCGCAAAUAAGACCCUUGAAAGUGUGUCAAACUAAUUGUGUAUUUAUACAGGAAAACUUCUUUUCGAAUUUAAUGGAUCGUUUUAAUGUCAACAAUGCCCAUAUUAAUAGAACUAAACUUUGGGCUAAAUUAGAUCAUCUCAAUGAGCAGCAAACUAUACCUAAUAUAGCCAUUAAGGCACAUGUCUAUCUUCUUGCCAAUCCUUAUGAAUUACCGGCCGAAGUUUCGGAACUAAUAUUGAGUAAUUACUUUAAUACUCCACGUAUUUUACAUCGUGGCCAUACGUAUCGCAUAGAAGUCAAUGCUGAUCUAAUAGGCACCUCACAAUAUGCUCAUUACUAUCUAAUAUUUGCCUACAUGAAAUUUGUCCACUUUCGUUGUGUCCACUUAGAGGUGAAGGGCAGUGAAUUUGAAAUGCAGGCGGUGGUAGCUAAAGGUUUUACAAAUCUUGUCCAAAUAGCUCAUACUCAUCAAUUCUUACCACGUCAAUCUUUAGAUGAUUUGUGCAUUGCGGAAGGUUAUCCUUUGGGUUUGCAAGCGUCCUAUGAUUCUCUACGCUCCUCCAUAGAUGCUUUUUUGCCACGCAAAUCCACUUGUUUAUCUUCGAAACAUAUCUAUCCCAUGUUCAUUUUACAGGCUGAAAGGGGUGCUGGUAAAACGAAACUGGUAAAUGCAGUGGCCCGUGACUUGGGCAUGCAUUUGUUUGGAGUGGAUUGUGCCGAGAUUGUCUCGCAAGUUCCUUCGCAUACGGAAAUGAAAUUGAAGGCAGUUUUUGCCAAGAGCCAAAUAAGUGAACCGCUGCUGAUAUGUUUUCAUAAUUUUGAGGUGAAUUUCGGCAUCGACAAUGAGGACGAAGAUUUACGUCUCUUAGCUGCUUUUCAAGUGCAAACCCAGGAACUUUUCACCCAUAAUCGUAAACAUCCAGUGGUCAUUGUCGCCCUGACCAGUGAUAAACAUAUUAAACCCAUGAUACAGCGUAUGUUUUUGGAAGUUAUACGCAUUGAAAUGCCCACAAAGGAAGAAAGAUAUGAAAUUUUAAAAUGGUUGCACAAAAAGGAAUUGUUUAAGAAUAAAGUCUUUAAUUUGAGAGACUUGGAGCAUUUGCCGCUCUAUGAGCUGGAUAUGCAGGAAAGAUAUUUAAAUAAAUUGCAAACAGAUUGGCAGGGAACUAAGAAAGUUUUACGUGAAGUGGCGGAUAAAUCGCAAGGAUUUCUUUUGGGUGACUUACAGCUGUUGCAUAAUAAUGCUGUGCGCCAACAGAGAGAGGAGGAGGCAAAGAAACUUAGUUUCGAGCAUUUUGCUUAUUAUUUGAAUAUAAUGCAGGCUUCCUUUGCUGAUAGUUUGGGUGCACCCAAAGUGCCCAAGGUAUUGUGGUCGGAUAUAGGAGGUUUGGCUAAAUUGAAAGAUGAAAUACAAUCUAGCAUAGGUUUGCCUCUUAAACAUGUUCAUUUGAUGGGUAAAAACCUAAGGCGUUCGGGUAUUUUGCUUUAUGGUCCACCCGGCACAGGCAAGACUUUAGUGGCCAAGGCUGUGGCUACGGAAUGUAAUUUAAGUUUCCUAUCGGUACAGGGCCCUGAACUACUUAACAUGUAUGUGGGCCAAAGUGAGCAGAAUGUCAGAGAAGUUUUCGCUCGUGCUCGUUCGGCAGCACCUUGUGUUUUAUUUUUGGAUGAAUUGGAUUCUUUGGCUCCAAAUCGUGGUGUUGCGGGUGAUUCGGGUGGUGUUAUGGAUCGUGUUGUGUCUCAGCUUUUAGCUGAAAUGGAUGGCAUGGGUGGUGAUGCCAGUAAACCUAUAUUUAUAUUAGCUGCCACUAAUCGUCCGGAUUUAAUAGAUCCUGCACUUUUAAGACCCGGACGUUUUGAUAAAUUAUUCUAUGUGGGUCCUUGUUCAACGGCUGAUGACAAGGCUUCGGUUUUGCAGGCUCAAACAAGACGUUUCAAGUUGGCCAAUAACUGUAAUAUGCAAGAGAUAGCGGAAAAACUUAAGGGAGAAAUGUCGGGUGCGGAUUUGUAUUCAAUAUGCUCGAAUGCUUGGUUGUCGGCGGUGCGAAGGACCAUAGACCGCCAUAUGAAGGGCGAUUUAAAAGAUGAAGACUUGGUGUCCGAUAAUGUGGUGGUGGAGGUCGAAGAUUUUACCAGAUCAUUUGGUAAAUUUGUACCCUCUAUUAGUAGACAGGACUUGGAGUAUUUUAAUAAACUAAAGUCCUCCUAUAGUGUUUGAAACUUAAACAUUUGAUCACAAUGUUUUUAAGCCCAAAAAUUUUUAUAGAUUUCUGAGUAAUUUGGUACUUGGUUUUAGGGUGUUGGUUUUGUUAUUUAUUUAAUUUUUAUUAAUAAAUUGUUAAUAGUUUUUUACAAUUUC